AAAAUAUCUGUUUCUUGAAGCGCAAAGGAGCUUUGGAAAUUCCAGAUCUUCCUCUUCGCUCUGCCCUAGUCCGCGGCUACGUCGAAAAUCUUCACCCGUGGAUGCCAUUCUUGGACCUGGAUCUGGUGUUUGGGUCUCUUCAAGCAAGUCCGGGCUUGAACACCCCUCGCAUCAGUGUUUUACUCCUGCAAGCUCUGAUAUUUGCUGGGUCCGCGUCUUGUGAUUUAGCCGAGCUCAAGCGUGUAGGCUUCUCUUCCCGCAGGGAGGCUCGAAAGGCAUAUUUUGAAAGAGUUCGGCUUCUGUACGACUUUGACGUGGAGAAAGACCGGCUCGUGGUUCUGCAGGCAGUUUUGCUCAUGACUUUGUGGUCAAAUCAUGCUGAUGACGAAAAGGGGUGCUGGCAUUGGAUGGGUGUCGCCUACGCCAUGGCACUGGGUCUUGGACUGCAUCGCACUGCCACAUCCGAUUCGAUCAGUGCUAAAGACGCCCGUCAAAGACGACGGCUGUGGUGGUCGUGCUACAUACGGGACCGAAUGUUUGUUCAGGCCCUAAGUCGGCCAGCUUGGAUUCGCCCCGACGAGUUUGACACCCCCAUCCUCAGCCUCGAAGACUUUGAGUUCAUCCAUAACAGCAGUGGCCUAUCAGAUGAGGAGUUCAAAAAUGUCCCUGUCGGAGACGUCCGAAAUCAACAACAACUGGCCGAGUUCUGCGUCAGACUGGCCGAACUCAGCGUGCACAUCGGUCUGGUAAUUGAGUUGCAUUUCUCCAUGAUUUCUGCGAGGCGGGGACGCAUGUCUACGGACGCCACAGGGCCUAAUUCAACACCCAUGUUGUACCCGCGCUCCCAAAUCGUGGAAGAGAGAGUUUGGAGCCUGGAUCGGAAGCUCCAAAGUUGGUGGUCGACGCUUCCGCCAUCGUGCAUCUAUAAACCAUCGAAUUUUCCCAGCAACGACAGCAAAAGUAUCACACUCUGUCGCGGUUAUCUUCGCGUUGCAUACUUCUCGCUCGUCUCAGCACUUCACCGGCAUCAAUGCUUCACGGCAAACCCCAACUUUGGCAACACUUUAUCUAAAGACAGAGUCCGCAACGCGGCCGAAGAAGUGACCUCCAUCACGCGGGAUCUCAAUAGUAUUGGUCUUUUAGCACGUGGACCUCCCCCAUUUGUCAUGUUCCAACUAUCCGCAAUACUCACACACGUGCAGCAACUGGGUACCGAGGACGAUUCUCUCAGGACCAAUAUCGUGCAGCAGCUUUUCUCUACCAUUCAGGCGGUCGAGGCGUUGCAGGAGGUGUAUUCUGGCGCGGAUGUACCCGCGUCAAUUAUUGCUCAACUUCUCUCAAAAGCCCAUAUCUCGGUAUUGAAGGACGACGCACGAAACCUUGGGGGCAUCCUCUUCAAAGACAAACUUUAUGUCCUUGAUAAAAACUCGUCGGCAAUCUUGACGCCACUACAAAGGGAUACGGCGGAAGCGACAAUGGCCCCAGGAGGAUGCAGAGAAGUUAGCAGCAUUCUUCAACUGCAGGAGGCUGUGACUCAAGACAGCCACCCAAUAACGCAUGACUAUAAUUGCAAUAACGAGUGGGACCUAUCAUUACUGGACACCUUCUCGUGCAGCUUAUCACCGUUCGUCACAGACUAUGGCAUGACCGUAGCUGAAGAUGUCUGGGUUCCAAAUAAUUCUUCACCCUCUUUCAGCCUUCUAGAUUUUCCGAUAGACGGAUCGAUAAUAGGUAACUGA